AUGGCGCAGUGCGUGCGUCGGCUGGUGCUGGCGGCGACGCUCGCCGCUGCGGUGGCGCUGCUGCUGUGCACGAGCAGUGCGCCGGUGGCGCGUGCUGCUGGGACGAACGACUUCACUGCGGCGCAGCGGACGAACACGCUGGCGGUGCUGCAGGCGUUUGGGCGUGCGAUCCCUAAGCUUGGGGAGAAGUGGACGGGCAACGACUUCUGCUCGUGGGAGGCCGUCUUGUGCGAUGCGCCGGACGUGUACGUGUCGGGAAUCAGUCCGACGUAUGCCGGCACGCUGCCGGAGAUGCCUGUGAACGUCGACUACACGACCGUCAUGAUCAAGCAGCUCGACUUUUCCAAAAUGGGGCCGGGGCUGAGCGGGACGCUGCCGGACAGCUGGAGCAAGCUGGAAAAACUGACUUUCUUUACGUUGUCGGGCAACAAAGUGAGCGGUACGCUGCCCGCCUCAUGGCACUCGAUGAGAUCUUUGGAGUCGUUGUCGAUUGAAAAGUGUGAAAGCAUCUCCGGCAGUGUGCCCCCCCAGUGGGGCUCGAUGAAAUCGCUGAGUUUUCUUAAUCUGGAUGGCGCGAAGGUCUCCGGCAGUCUGCCGCCCCAGUGGAGCUCGAUGACAUCGCUGACUGCUCUCAAUCUGCGGGGCACAAGCAUCUCCGGCACGCUGCCUCCCCAGUGGGGCUCGAUGAAAUCGCUGAGUUUUCUCAAUCUGGAAAACACGAAGGUCUCCGGCACGCUGCCGCCCCAGUGGAGCUCGAUGACAUUGCUCGCCGCUCUCGAUGUGCAGGGCACUCAGGUCUCCGGCACGCUGCCGCCCCAGUGGAGCUCGAUGAGAAAGCUUACACAUCUGCUGCUCACCGAUACUUUGUUGUCCGGCACGCUUCCUGCUGAGUGGAGUGCGCUGCAGUCGCUUGAUACACUGCGGCUGUCCGGCAGUAAGUUCUCCGGCACGCUGCCGCCCCAGUGGAGCUCCAUGAAAAAGCUUACGCAGCUACUGCUCGACGAUACGUUGUUGUCCGGCACGCUUCCUGCUGAGUGGAGUGCGCUGCAGUCGCUUGAUACACUGCGGCUGUCCGGCAGUAAGGUCUCCGGCACGCUGCCGCCCCAGUGGAGUGGGAUGUCGAAGGCCCGGUCCCUGCAGCUGCAGGACUGCGACCUGUCCGGCAGUCUGCCCUCUUCGUGGUCUGCGAUGCCGAUGCUGGCUUCCGUCUCUCUUAAGGGCAACAAGUUCUGCGGGUGUGUGCCGGACUCGUGGGAUCAGAAGGCUGGUCUUGCUGUGGACAUCGAGGACAAGCACAAGGGCAGCGACUGCUUGGCUGGGAGGGAGUGCACAACGACCACCACUAAGCCCCCUACCAUGACCACGACCACCACUAAGCCCACCGCCACGACAACGACCACUACGAACCCCACUAACUUUCCCCCUACGCCGACGACCACGACUGAGCCGCUUACCACAACCAGCACUGAGGCACCAGCUGAACCCACAACCACCACUGAGGCACCGGCUGAACCCACGACCACUGCUACCCCAACAAACACGCCGACUCCUGCUCCUGAGACGGAGUGCGAGGUGGAUGGGUGUGAGGUGUGCGAGGGGGACUCCGCUGCGAGGUGCGCCAGGUGCCGUGAGGACUACUUCCUGACGGACGAGAGGACGUGCCUGAUGCACAACGAUGGCGGUGUUGCUGCUGUGUCGAGCGGAGUGGCAGCAGCAGCUGUUGUGUGCGUGGCUGUGCUGUUCAGCGUGGGGCUGGCGGCGUGA